GCUGCUGCAAUUGAUUCCAUUACUGCUGAGGAUAUAUCAGGGGAUGCAGAUGGAUUCUCUGCUCCAACAACAUAUACAGCCCUCCUUCCCACCCCAGAGACGCUUGUUUUGCCAGUAUCAAGUGAGGUUAUUGAACCUGAGACGGACUUAACUGUAAAGACUAUUGUAAAAUCUGAACAAGGUAGUGUUAUGGUUCCAGAUUCUAAAUCGUCUCAAACAAGUAACACAGAUACUUCACUAACAGAGUCUCCAUUAUCAGAGGCAGCCAACAAAGGAGGAAGAGCACGACCAAAAACACCAAAGAAAUCCAGAGGACGGAAGGUUUCUUUGAACAGAAAAUUAGAUCUCACUGAUGAUGCAGUGCUGGAAUCUGAAUCCACUAUUGUCAAACUUCCAGAAUCUAUCCCAGAAGAGAUUCAAACUGCCAACCCUAAGGCAGCAACUUCAGCAGCUGCAGCAGCUGUGGUUACAGUUGCUGCUGCAUGUAAACAUGAAGCUACAGCUACAGUGAUUUGUGACACACCAAAAGAGGCAGAACAGCCUGCUGCUGACCAGCCUGAACCUCAAGAAUCUGCCUUCCACUCUGGGAAUAACAGUCCUUCUUAUUUAAGGACAAAACAGCCAUCUCCUGAACUAGUAGCACCUGCCCUUACUUCACCUACAACUUGCCUGAAUUCACCUGCAUCAUCCAAGACUCCUCUCACGCCCCCUGAGUGGAACACUAGAACAGAGGAGAAAGGAAUUCCACCAAAACCA